UUGGAUAAGCGACUUUGUGGAUUUUUAACACAAACAAAUACAUAUAUCAAUCAAGUUCAGUCACAAACUCAAAUGCACCAAAAUUUGGAGAAAAUAAUAAUAGUAUUAUUAUUAUUUUUAAAAACCAGACAAUGCAAUGUGCAGCUCCAAAACUUCCAAUUCUAUGCUUUCUGCAAUAACCAGAACCACAAUAAGGAAAAACGCUGUAGCGAUUAUAAAUCUCAUCUCAAAUGCUCUCACUCACUCUCUUCAGUCUGGAACACCACACCACCACGGAAUGGGGGCACUCAGACUCCCCUCCCUCACUUCUCUCUCCUCCGCCGCAGCGGCGGCAGCUCCACGCUAUUACUUCUACCGCCAGCUUUGUCUCCCAUUCCGCUCCGUCUCAGCCGCAAAAUUUUCUGUACAAAGUAGCACCUUCGAGAAGGAGCUCGAACCUACCUCGCAGAAACCCAGACUCCAGCCAAAAAAGGAUCGAGUUAUCACUCCUCGAUCGCAGGACUUCAAUGCCUGGUACUUGGACAUAAUUGCGAACGCCGAGUUAGCUGACUACGGCCCUGUUCGCGGCACCAUGGUUAUUCGUCCCUACGGCUACGCCAUUUGGGAAGCAAUUCAGGAUUAUUUGAAUGUCAAGUUUAAGGAGACCGGCCAUAGUAAUAUGUAUUUCCCCCAGUUUAUCCCAUAUUCAUUCAUUGAGAAAGAAGCUAGCCAUGUUGAAGGUUUUAGUCCAGAAUUAGCUCUUGUGACAGUUGGAGGAGGAAAGGAGCUUGAAGAAAAGCUUGUGGUUCGACCCACAAGUGAAACAAUUGUCAACCACAUGUUCACUCAGUGGAUUCAUAGUUACCGCGAUCUUCCAUUAAUGAUCAAUCAGUGGGCAAAUGUGACAAGAUGGGAAAUGCGCACCAAACCAUUUGUGAGAACUCUGGAAUUUCUCUGGCAGGAAGGUCACACAGCUCAUGCCAGUCCAGAGGAGGCAGAAAAGGAGGCAUUACAGAUGAUUGAUGUGUACAAAAAUUUUGCCUAUGAGCAAGCUGCAAUACCUGUUGUUGUGGGCCGUAAAUCGAAGGUGGAGACCUUUGCCGGUGCUUCAAAGACUUAUACCAUUGAAGCAAUGAUGGGUGAUCGAAAAGCUUUGCAAGCUGGAACUAGCCACAACCUUGGGCAGAAUUUUUCACGCGCAUUUGGAACACAGUUCAUGGAUGAAAAUGGAGAAAGGCAGCAUGCGUGGCAAACAUCAUGGGCAAUUAGCACCAGGUUUAUUGGUGGUAUUAUCAUGACACAUGGAGAUGACGCAGGAUUGAUGCUUCCCCCAAACCUAGCCCCAAUACAGGUCAUAGUAGUUCCAAUAUGGAAGAAGGCAGAUGAUAAGGCUGGAGUUCUGGAUGCUGCCUCAUCUGUGAAGGAAACUCUUCAAGCUGCUGGAAUCAGGGUUAAAUGUGAUGAUGCAGAGCAGAGAACACCUGGUUGGAAAUUCAACUUCUGGGAAAUGAAGGGUGUCCCAUUGAGGAUCGAAAUUGGGCCUCGAGAUGUUUCAAAUAGAAGUGUGGUUGUUUGUAGAAGAGAUAUUCCUGGGAAACAAGGAAAAGUUUUUGGUAUAUCAAUGGAAUCGUCAACUUUGGUGGCUUAUGUCAAGGGCAAGUUGGAUGAGGUUCAGUCAUCUCUUCUUGAAAGCGCAAAAUCAUUCCGUGAUGGCAACAUUGUUGAUGUGACCUCCUACAGUGAGCUUAAAGAGGCAAUUGCUCAGGGCAAAUGGGCAAGAGGCCCUUGGUCAGCCAGUGACAAUGAGGAGAUGAAGGUGAAAGAAGAAACAGGGGCAACCAUUCGAUGUUUUCCUUUUGAACAGCCGGAGGGGGCAAAGAAAUGCUUGAUGACGGGCAAUCCCGCAGACGAAGUGGCUAUUUUUGCAAAAUCUUACUAAGCUCAAUGUCAAAAUCAUUCAUUCUUGUCUAUGAUUCGAAAGCGCUUACUUGUUCCCAGUAAUGAUACUUUUGUGGAAUGUUCCAUCUUUCUUCACAUUUACACACCCUAUAGGGAAUACUUUUUUGAAGCUUCUGUUCAUCUAGUUUCUCUAGAUACUAUUUUCAAGAAUCUCCCUCAUUCCCAUUUAGUCAAUUUUGAAUUUCAUACAUAUUCAACAUAGUUUUGGAUACAGCUAGAUUACUUUUUUUGUGUCAUUGUGUGAACAAUGGAUGCCGUUGUAUACAAAUGUCAUCUCAUUUUCCACAAAAUCAUGUCAGACCGUUUUAUAAGUCAAAUUGGUAUCAAGUUUGUUAA